CCUCCUCCACAAAAACCGCCUUGUCUACUUGCGCCGCGACGUCAUUCAUUUUACCACGAACCCCGGAUUCAGGCGGACAUCACGAAGAACAUCCCUUGCUCAGCAGCAAACGAGGUGUAGACCAACGCCAUGUCUGACGAGGGAAAGCUGUUUGUCGGUGGACUUAGCUUCGACACAACGGAGCAGUCCCUUGAAGAGGCUUUCUCUAAGUAUGGAGUUAUCUCAAACGUUCACGUUGCCAGAAAUCGGGAAACCCAGAAAUCGCGUGGUUUUGGUUUCGUCACAUUCGAGAACCCGGAUGAUGCGAAAGACGCCUUGGAGGGAAUGAAUGGAAAGUCUGUUGACGGCAGAACAAUCCGCGUGGACGAGGCCGGGAAGCCCGGUGGCGGCCGCUCAGGCGGUGGCGGCGGCGGAUACCGUGGUGGCGGAGGCGGCGGCGGAUUCUUCCGUGGAGGUCGUGGCAGAGGUGGGCCACGAGGUGGCGGAGGAUACGGAGGCGGUGGUGACCGUGGAUAUGGUGGCGGCGGAGACCGUGGUUACCGUGGUGGUGGCGGUGGCGGCGGCGGCGGUGGUGAUCGUAGCUAUAGCAGAGGAGGCGGCGGCGGCUACUCCAGCCGGAGUGGAGGCUACUCCUCAGGGGGAAGCGGUGGCUACAGCCGGGACAGGGACCAGUCUGGCGGCUAUGGUGACAGGUCUGGGGGUUCGUACAGAGAAGGCUAUGACCGCUACGCUUCGUUCGACUAAAUAUGAGCCUGCUCCCUCUUUGCCCUGAGAUCAACACCUCACAAAGAUGCCCACCGCAAGAAAACCCAAAUUGGUCAAGUUAUCUCUUUCUUGUUUUCUUGGCGAUUUGCAAAUCGCGUUUUCCUAUGUUGAAUUUUACUUACUUGCGUGCAUCUUUGUUUUGUGGGGGGGGGAAACACAAAAAAGGGGGGGAUGUUACGUUUCUGACAAGACCGUCAGAACAAGUUAAAAGCAAAUCUGCCUCGUUGGCAUCACACAGCCUCAUUUGCAGCAGAAUCUUGGUCCUUCAUCCAGUAAAAUCAGGCAGCCUCGUUUGUGAAUCAAAAGAAACGAAUUGACCUUUUUUAUAUUUGAUUUGUCAGUGAAGGGUGACGUCCUGCUAUCUUAGGACCCAACCAAUCCUAACAGUUUGCUCCGUUGUAGUUCUCUUGGUCUCUGAGAUAUCUAUGAACAUAAUGUCCCAUUUCCUUAAGAUGACCCAACUUUUUUAUAUGUAUUGUAAAGGCUACUUUCUACGUCCAUGUGAAGAGUAAAGUUACGCAUAAGCAGUCA